UCCAUGGCGAGAGGCGCGUCCCGCCGCGCGCACGCGCAAUGGAGGGGAGAGGCGGCUGCAGGCGGCGAGAGCCCAUGGGGGGCGCUCUGAGCAGCCAUGUGGGUUCCAGAGGCCAUGAGGAGAGGCCACCGCUCUGGGUCCAGGGUGAGGAGCCCCUGCCUGAAGAGAGGCUCCCGUACAGCGGGGAGACGCUUGCAACCACCACCAAGAGGCUCCGGGAGAUGUCAGAGAUAGCCGAGCCGCCCUGGGAGAUGUCAGAGAUAGCCGAGCCGCCCCAGGAGAUAGCAGACACAGAUGAGCUGCCCACUGUGCCCCUAUCAGCCGUGCCCAGCAAGGUGCCAUCCCGAGAGAUUAGGAGGAAUCCCUCUGAGAUCAAGCUGCCUCCCUGGCUUGGAAAGUGGGGGACUGGCUCCGAGGAGAAGUCCCCCGCCACACUGCCGGCGCUGCCGCCCACCCCAUCCACGCCAGCAGAGAAGCCCAGCCAGGCGGUGCCCCAGCGGAGCCGUGUGACCCAUGACUGGCAGAAGGAGGUAGUCGUGGAUCCCCUGGACUCUCGGCCAAGGAAGGAUUUGGGCAGUGAGGACUUACAGCGUGGCUACGAUGGACUACCAAUCCACCAAUUUCUCUCCUCAGUCACUGACAGCUCCCCCCUGAAGGACUGCCCAACCCUCAGGGCCGUGCUGCUGGGGCAAGGGCAGCGGAAGGCCGCAUUGGCAUCCAUGCUCUACAAGAAAUACAGCAAGGAGACGGAGGAGGAGAUUCGGCCCCGCCCAAAGCGCAUGGAAUCUAUCUCCACCACGCAUGAUGACUACCGUGCCAUGGGCUUCCAGUCCACACCCCAGCCCAUCACCCAGCGUCACGAUUACUUAACGGAGCAGCCAAGCAGCUUCUGGAUGGAGCAAGCCCGUGGACGGCCGGGUGUCACUGCCCUCUUCGGCACAAACAUUCCCUUCAAGAGGAAUGCAGACUUCUCCACUCCCAUUACCAUGUACUUAGGGCAUCCUGAGCCCUUCAACCUCUAUGACCCCUAUGACCCCCCGAGCAGACAGCUCCAGCCCCACAAGUAAUAAAAAACAAGGGGACACAGGUAGUCCCAGCACCCUUGCCUACUCCAAGGCUGUUUCAAGCUGGAUGUUUGGAGGGGGAGCACUCUGUCCCUGGAAUUCUCAAAUCCCCUGAGAGCAUGAAGCAAAAUGGAAAACCCUUCAGCCCUGUUGCAAGUCACUGUUGACCAAAAACACCCUGUGGUCCCAAUAUUUCCUCCUUAGGCAUGGAGGCAGAGCCCUGGCACAGCCCCAUCCCCUGGGACACGUCCCCUCCCGGCGCACGCAGGCAGUGGGUGACAGGCAGCCGUUGUUCCAGUCCCCAGGCACAGGUGUGUUCCAGUAAGAGGCGGCAGCGGGGCGGCCAGAGCAUGAGCUCAGAGGAACGCACUGCAGCCCUCACGCCAAAGCAAACCCACGGCAGCCCUGCCUUCCCAGCACCGCCCAAGCCCUCAACAGCCGCUCUGCGACCGCCCAGCAGUGGCUCCCCAUGCCCACACUCCUGCCCUGCACCGCAGACAGACCCCCAGGAUACAAUCUCUUGGGAUGUUUCAGGCAGCUGUCGCCAGCCCAGGCUGAGUUCCAUAUUGGCAUUUCCCCGGCCUCCUUCCCCACUUGGCAUGCUGGGGCAGAGCGAAGUAGAGGCCACAGGACAGA